UGGUGACACAAGCAGGAUCGGCAGCCCGGUAGGCAGAGACCGCGAGUCACGCACGGUGAGGUGCUCGAGCGUCAGUCACAUCGCUCGCGCCGCCCGCGCUGCACGCUUCCGAGUCGGACUUCCAGCGAAUAUGAUUCUUAUACUGCUCAUCGCCAUCGUCGGCGCCGCGACCGCUCAGCAAUCGCCUCGUCCGCCGGGUCCACACCGGGAACAGUUCCGGGUCAUUUACGAGUGGCGAACGAUAGACUUCGAGUGGGAAACACCAACUGAUCGCGAAACCUACCUCAACACCAGUCGAUACAUCCCCCAAAAUGUAUUAAUAUCGGGAAUAAACUUUUACGAUGAUAAAAUCUUUCUAACUCUCCCGCGUAUGUUGGACGGUGUACCGGCCACCCUCGCCUACAUUCCUGCACAACAAAACGAUACCACGGCCCCGAAAUUGAUACCGUUCCCUAGUUGGAGUGAUAACGAGAUCGGUAAUUGUGAUGCUCUACAGUUUGUGCAAAAUAUCGAGAUUGAUCGUAAUGGCUUGAUGUGGAUUUUAGACAACGGCCGCGUCGGUACUUUAACACAAAACCCAAGUAUUAAGUGCCCACCGUCGAUCGUAUUAAUCGACUUAAAGAACAACAAAAAGGAGCGUAUACCGUUGUCUCUGGACACAGUGAAUCCCAGCACGACGUAUCUCAAUGACCUGGUAGUGGACAAUCGUGAUGAUGAUUAUGCCUAUAUUACCGACAAUAGUGCUGUUGAUCCAGGAAUUGUUGUGUUCCGUCGUAGCGAUAAGAAAUCGUGGAAAUUACGUGACAAAAAAUCAAUGACGUCGGUCCCAGAAGCUGCCUUAUUCCGUAUCAACGGUACUACAGUAAAUCUUCCCGUUAAUAUCGAUGGCAUCGCUCUUGGACCACAAUUUUUAACCGUAGAUGACAAAGUCGAUCGUACAGUUUACUACUGCCCGCUUUCAAGUUUUCACCUCUACGCGAUAAACGCAUCCGUUUUACAAAACGAAUCGCUAGCGACGUCGGGUGAAGGUGCCUUACGUCCGUAUGUCGUCGAUCUCGGAACGAAAACAUCACAAACGGAUGGUAUGAAGAUGGAUUCAACGGGCGUACUGUUUUUCGGUCUGAUUGGCAGUUCAACCAUAGCAGAAUGGAACUCAACCGUCGAUUUUCCUAGCGGCCAACGUACUAUCGCCCGCGAUCCAAACUACAUCCAGUGGGUUGAUCGGUUUACGUUUGACGAUCGCGGUAACAUCUAUGUCGUAAUAAACAGGUUGUACAACUUUGUGAAAAAUCAAGUAUCAAUGGAUGAAGUCAAUUACAGAAUUCUACGAUCCUACACCGGUACGAAGAGCUACAUAUACUCUCAAGAUCUACAACCUCCGACUCCUCCACAAAACGCUGCAGCCACUAAAACGUUCGCAGCGUCGAUGCUCGUAUUUGCUUUCGCACAUCUCCUCGCUUAGUCAAGAUAAGCUCUCGGCCAUAACACUGGCCGUGUAUUUACGCUACACGACGCUCCAUUGAGGCGUGUAAACUUUACCAAAUAUUUAAAGUUACCUUGACCUCGUGGUCUUUCAGUGAUAAUGCGCAAUGUAGAUAGCUUUGUAUAUUAUUAAUAUAUUUUAAUAUAAGUGUAAUGUUAUAAAGAUAAGAUCUUAUGGCCUUUGUGAAACAGAAGGCAUUUCGAAGACGAACCGUGCAUGUGAAACAAAAGGUCGGGGACGUGUUGCCAAAUGCGUUUCGCUCAUCAAUAAACAUUAUAUCUAUAGUAAACAAGCUCACCUAUAUAUUUUCUUAUAUAAUAAUUUUUUUUCAACAUUAAUCGUUCAGAUAUACUCUAGAAAAUCUUAUUUAUUUAUAUCAUAUCAUUAUAAUUGUAGUUAUUAAACUAGAGAUAAGCGAUAACAAUGAAAAGUAUAAAAGAUCGCAUAUACUACUGAUUUAUGUGUGUUUCUUACAUGUAUGGUUGUGACGAUAUGUGUGACUUAGAAUAAACGUGUUUAUCACAUUAUAUUA